ACCACCACCACCACCUUCUCUCUUCCCUUUAACCUUCUUCUGCAGUACACCACCUCGGGUCCCCGCCAUCCACACUCUUCUGUCGUUUCAAUUGGAUCAUCAGAGAGAGUGAAAUCAAGAUUGGCCUUCCAAGAACUAAUACCUGUGGGUGAUAGAAAGUGGCAACCUUUUUAUGUCAUUGAUAUAUGAAGCCAACAACAAGAUUAUAGGCGAUAAUUACGAAGCAUGUAAAGGCAAGAAAAGAUAGGGAGUUACAAUUUUUUCAGAGGCAGAACACUAGCGCCGCUCGUGUGCUUUGGCAAUCUUCAAUCCUAAAAUCUAGAUCUAGAGGGGUCUCAGUCAUUCACAGACAUUUGUAACCUAAGGUGGUUUGGUUUUUGGCCGGCCAUUUAGCUGCUGUUGUUGGGUUCAAUGCAGAGCACUUGUUGAAGAGCUUUGCUUUGGGUUUUGUUUUAUAUUUGGUGGUUGGUGUGGUGGAUAGGGCCGUGAUAACUGGAGGGUCGGUGAUCAUGUUGAAUUUUGGUAUUGUUUGACUUGACAACGACAUAUGAGCCUGGUAUAGUCUUCACUUUUUGAACUCAAAGCUUGGCCUUCGUUUCUUCUUUGUAUUUGAUUAUUCUAUAUAGUCUAUUUGGGUUUGUGGAAUUGUUAAUUAGUAUUCUUUUAGUGUUGGGAGGUUUCCAACAUGCAAAUAAACUGUUAUCAUUGGUGGUUGGUUGGUUCCUCGCACUUAGCCCAUGUUUCUCACUUGUAACAUUUAAUAUUCUAUUGGUUUUUGCAUAAUUGGCGAGAGAAAGUUGGCGCCUUUAUUGGGAAUUCCCAAUUUUAAGGUGUUGAAAAGUUGUGGAUUGAUACUGGGGGGGAGAGUUGGAACUUUUGAAGUGAGAUUUUCAUGUGGAAGGUUUGUCUCUACUGUAUAAGAUAUGCUGACCUCUGAUGAUGAAGAUAUUGAUGUAUUCUUCGAUUCAGUGGAUAGUUUGCCAGCUCAAGAUUUUAGUUUGGUCAAAGAAGAGUUUGGUUCUGAUAGGCGUGGUUGUGAUAAUUAUGAUAUUUGGGUGAAUGAACCUGUUAGCGUGAAGGACAGACGGGAACGUUUUCUGCAAGAUAUGGGUUUAGCUGAUACUUCUUCAAAGGUUUGUUCACAGAAGAAAAUGAUGAGCUUUGGUGACUCAUCCAUGAACUCGGGACUGGAGAGGAUCAGGGAAUGCAGUGGAGCAGUCUCAAAUUCUUGCAUUUCGCCUAAUGAACAAGUAUCUGAGAAAGCAGCUUCUGUUCAUAAAGUCUUGUUGGAUGAACUGAGAGGGUGUCCCCAAGAUGAACCAGAUGCAAAUUUUCAAGGGAAAAUGCAUGAGCUCGGACACACAGAAACUGAGGCCCAAGAGGAGUUUCAGGAUUUUGAUAAUAGUAAAAAGAAAAGGAAAAACUGGUGGAAGCGCUUUGUAAACAACAUAAGGAAAGGUGUUAAAGGAAUAGUUAGACCAAAAUUCAAUACAGGGACAAAUAAAACUCGUAGAAUAAAGGUAAGACAGUAUAAUAAGAAGUGGCUGGAGUUCAGUGGGCUAUACAAUGGACAAGAGAUUCGAGCGCACAAAGGCCUAAUCUGGACUAUGAAAUUUAGUCCCAAUGGUAAGUAUUUAGCAAGUGGAGGUGAAGAUGGUGUUGUGCGCAUAUGGCGUGUUAUGUUACUGGAUACAUCCAGUAAUUGUUUCACCGUAGAUGACUGUACUGCUAGCAAAGUGAAACAUGACAACUCUUGUCGUUGGAAGAAAAACUCAAGCCAAUCCUUCAUUUUCCUUCCAAAUAAUAUUUUUCAAAUUGAGGAAUCACCUCUGCAAGAAUUUUUUGGUCAUUCCAGUGAUGUCUUGGAUUUGGCUUGGUCUAAUUCUGAUAUUCUCCUCUCAUCGUCUAUGGAUAAAACGGUCAGGUUGUGGAAAAUUGGUUGUGACAAAUGUUUAAGUGUUUUCCAUCACAAUGACUAUGUGACAUGCAUCCAAUUCAACCCUGUUGAUGAAAAUUACUUCAUCAGUGGGUCCAUUGAUGGUAAAGUUCGAAUAUGGGGGAUACAUGAAGAGCGAGUUGUUGACUGGGCAGAUGUUCGAGAUAUCAUAAGUGCUAUAAGUUAUCAGCAAGAUGGGAAAGGAUUUGUAGUUGGUUCUAUAACAGGCACUUGUCGCUUUUAUGUUGCUUCAGGAAACAUUUUCCAGCUGGAGGCACAGAUAGAUGUCCAUGGAAAGAAGAAAGCAUCAGGAAACAAGAUUACUGGCAUUCAGUUCUGCCAAAAAAACUCUCAGAGAAUUAUGGUCACAUCAGAAGACUCCAAAAUUCGCAUAUUUGAUGGCAUUGAGCUUGUUCAAAAAUACAGAGGACUUUCUAAGUCAGGAAGUCAGAUGUCUGGUUCAUUUACAUCAAGUGGGAAACAUAUAAUUUCGGUUGGAGAAGACUCCCAUGUGUAUAUUUGGAACUUCAAUGACUUGGGGCAUGCUUCUUCCAAACAGAUAAAAUCUGAUUACUCAUGUGAGUACUUUUUCUCCAAGGAUGUUACUGUUGCAAUACCUUGGUCAGGCAUGAAAGCAGAUCAAAGGGGCUCUAGCAGUAACUUUUCCCACUGUUCUUCAAAUAUGCAAACCAAACUAGAGGUUGCUUCUGAAGGUAGAGGAGACUCAGAACGUUUUUCUCUUGGUAAUUGGUUCUCCACUGAUGGUACAUCCAGAGGUUCCAUGACAUGGCCCGAGGAGAAACUUCCCAUCUUGGAUUUACCUCUUGCAGAAGAUGAAUAUGAUCACCGACAGUUAUGUUACACAGAUACUUACCAUGACACAAGUUUAUCAGAAACAUGGGGAGUAUCAAUUGUGGCAGCUAGUUGUGAUGGAACUAUCAAGACAUUCCACAACUUUGGAUUGCCCGUUAGGCUUUAGCACAAUGCCAUGGUUUUGUUGGUGCUGAAUAACCGAGUAACUUAUGGCUUUAUGAGAGAUUUUGCACGUUAUCCAGGGUCCUUAUGGCUUUGCUUGGUGAAGGUGGAAACUUAUAGUUGUGUGUUAAGGCCUUAGAUUUCACACGUUCCAGGAAUUUGUACAUUUACAUUUUUGGUAUGCCUCUAAUUUAAUGUGGUUCUGGUGGAAUCAGGCCACAGGGCACACAAAAAUUCUAAUAUUUUUUUUUUUUUUUUUUUCACUUUAACAUUGUCAUUAGCUAACUUAUACAG